AUGCUCGGCAAGCAUUCGCUCAAACAGGCCUCGUCGGUGGCCCGGAUAGCAACCUCCGAACCAUGUCCACCUAAGGUGCCCUCUUCCAGGUUGAGUUCAGUAUCAUUUCCAUCGCAUACACACACUUCUACAUCCACCUCACCAUCGACUAAUUACUGCCACUCUCAAAGGCGAUUUUAUUCCACGGGGAAUUCUUCUAAGCCAACAAAUAAGGACUCGAUAUUCUCGCCAUCUGCGUCACCAUGGGACCACGUCUUUGACGACAUUGUGGACAAGCCUAGUUUGCUUCCUUCGACAGCCCGAGCCAGUGGCGCACAAACGAGCAGAUUUCCUCGUCGCCAGAGAAUGACUGUUCGGGAAAUCAAUGCUUUCGACGAAAUGUUCAAUAUGAUUUUCAGUGCGGUCUCUGAAAAAAACAUACAGAGCACCGGUUCGAAACCUCGCUCGCUCUCCCCCACGUUAGGAAUUGGACGCAGAGGAUCCUCCGAGAUGGGUGAUUUGUUUGGGAGACUACGGAAGCAGUCGAAACAUAUCAAGUGGACGGACAAAGCGGACGAAGACCUCGACCGGAAGAAGGAACAAAUGGAGCUGUGCAAUACGGAUCAACAACUUCUUGACUGGGCCAUGAAGGAGGUGUUUGCAGAGUCACAGCGUUAUGAAGAGAAUGCAAGACGAUCGCUUGAAAAUCCUACGUCCUCCAAGGAGCCUGUGCAACUCCAGCCUCCAGCAUACCCUCACCUCAUAUCGCUACUCAUGCGUACCUUCCGCGAAAAGUACGCCGAUCCUCAUCUCUCAUUAUCCAUCUUCGACCACGCACGACAUCUUUCCAUACCAUCGUUCGUAUUCGGCUGUACAACGCCGGCGUACAACGAGCUCAUCGAGACGCGUUGGCGGUGCUUCCGCGAUCUACGUGGUGUUUGCGAUGCCCUCGAGGAAAUGCGGGUGAAUGGUGUAGAGAUGGACAAUCGCACGCGCAGCCUAGCGGAGAUGAUCCGCCGUGAGGUCGGCGAGCGCAAUCUCUGGCAAGAGGAAAGUUCGAUGGGAAGUGGCGAGGCCUGGGAUAUGGUCGCGAAGAUUGAGCAACUUACUGCAAAAGAGCCUUUCAUACGUAGAACCUCAACCUCUAAUGUCAAGAAAUCACAGAAGAAAUGGACGUGGGACCAAGAAAGCUGGAAGCGGGGAGGAUUGAAUGCUAGUGGGUCGUCGAAUGAUGGUUGGGAGUUUGGUCGAUGGGAUAGCACUGAGUCUUCAGGGUCGUCAACGCCGACGCGAUGA